ACCACUAUUAAAAAGUGCAUAAUACAGAGCUCUAUCUAUCCAGAUUGCCUUGCCUCUCUCUCUCUCUCUCUCUCCUGUGUAAACUCCUCUUACCUACCUUCAAACCUUUCCAAGGCCGGAAAAUCUCAGAGAGAGAGAGAGAGGGGGGAGAGAGAGACGAUGGAGAGACUUAUCUACUCAAACCCUAUCCCAUCCAAACUCCACCGAAAGCCCUUCUCUCCUAAUCUCCCUCGACUCGCCCGAGUUGACGCCGCAAGACUUGAUCUUCCGUCGCCGUCACGCACCGAGUCCCGGUGGGUCGCCUCGCUCUCUCGAAAAAACAAAACUAAAUUCCCUGUUAAAUACUUGAUCUCAUCUUCCCUCGUAGAUUCACCAGAUGGGUCGAAGCCUAAACCCCAUUUUCUCAAACAAAUUGUGGAAAGAUCUUCUCAGCCACCAAAGGCAGUUGCUGCUGGAACAGUUGUACUACUUUCAGCUCUCAUUGUGAUAUUAAUCCAUCCAGUGAUUGUGUCACCAGCUUUCGCCACAUUUCAAACUGCAGUCAAGACGGGGGCUCCGGCUGCAGCCACAGCCGGUGGAAGGCUCAUUCAUAAUGAACUACUAACUAGUGCAUGGACCGGUUUCUUUGCCGGUUGCUUACACACGCUAUCCGGACCCGACCACCUUGCUGCUUUGGCUCCACUCUCAAUUGGCCGCUCUCGAAUUGAGAGUGCUGCUGUUGGAGCCCUGUGGGGUUGUGGUCAUGAUGCCGGACAAGUCAUUUUCGGCCUAUUAUUUCUAAUACUAAAAGAUCGGCUCCAUAUUGAAGUUCUAAGAACUUGGGGCACAAGAGUUGUCGGUUUCACUCUACUUGUUAUCGGUGCUAUGGGAAUCAGAGAGGCCUCAGAGGUCCCAACCCCAUGUGUUGCCCUAGAAAACGGCGAGUGCGAUGUUAGUGUCUAUGAAUCUCUGGAAAACCCAACAAUUGGGAAGAAAAAGAAGAUUGGUUUUGCAACUUUUGCCACAGGGAUCGUACACGGGCUCCAACCUGAUGCACUGAUGAUGGUCUUGCCUGCACUAGCUCUGCCUUCUCGCUUGGCUGGCGCUGCAUUUCUAGGUAUGUUCUUGGUUGGGACAGUAAUUGCAAUGGGAAGUUAUACCGUAUUUAUAGGCUCGUGUAGUCAGGCAUUAAAAGAGAGAGUACCUAGAAUAACCGAGAAGCUCACAUGGGCUUCUUCGCUUGUAGCAAUUGCUCUUGGACUAGCUAUCAUAAUUAGCCAGUUUUUCGGGUUUAGCCUAUAUUGAUUUAAGUUUGGCAUAGUUUCACUAGUUUACUCGUUAGUGUUUAGGAAAGAUUUGGAAAGGGGUUCGUGGAUUUGGCUGCAGCUGUGGAUCAUUGUUACGGUAUCUUAUGUCGAUGAGAAUUAUCAUUGUUAUUUAUUUGCCUUUGAUGGUUGUAAUUUUAUACACGAUGGAUACUUGCAUCUGAGGAACUCUUUGUAACUUCAAUUUACAGUCUGAGUCCAGAUUUGUUUACAAAUUUGCUCUUAUGAUC